UAUAUGAUCCCAAGCGCUCUCUAAAUUUUCUCAUCAACAAACAAAAAAUUUCAUCAAUAGUUGAGGGUAUAAUAUGAAUAUGGAAGCAAUAUCCAAAAUCUUGUUCAUUUCUUUGCUUUUCCUUUCAAGUGCAUGUCUUGCAAGAUCUGGAGAAGUUGAUGAUGAGAGUGAGUUUAGUUACGAUGAAAACGCGAAGAAUGGACCAGCUAACUGGGGCGAUAUUCAUCCAAAUCGAUGGGGCACCUGUAAAAAUGGAACAAUGCAGUCACCAAUUGAUCUUCUUGACAAAAAUGUUGAAGUUGUAUCUAAUUUAGGAAUACUUCAAAGAUACUACAAACCAUCGAAGGCCACUCUCUUAAAUAGAGGCCAUGAUGUAAUGUUGAGGUGGGAUGAUGGAGGAUGCUUGACGAUAAAUGGAAUUCAAUAUCAACUCAAACAAGUUCAUUGGCACACACCUUCCGAACAUACUAUAGAUGGUAAAAGGUAUGAUAUGGAGGGUCAUUUAGUACAUGAAACACACGAUGGAAAGAAGAUUGCUGUCAUUGGAUUCGUCUACGAGAUUGGAUUAUGCCCUGAUUUGUUUCUAUCCAUAAUUGAGAAGGAUUUAAGAGCUCUUGCUGAUAAAAAAGAUGCAGAAAGACACAUUGGAAUAAUUGAUCCAAAUCUAAUAAAAUUGGACGGCCAAAAAUAUUAUAGGUAUAAUGGCUCUCUAACAACACCACCUUGCACAGAAGAGGUUGUCUGGACUAUUGAUGGAAAGGUUAAAACUGUAACGAGAAGACAAAUGAAACUGCUUCGAGAUCUUUUGUUCAUGAUGUGAGUUGCUUACGCCCAUAAUUUUAGCAAUAUGAUCUUCUUUCUAAUUAUAUUAUCAUCUCUCAGAGAGGAUCUGUUCAUGA